AAACAUAAUGAAAAUCUUAAUAAACAGGAAUUUUUUAAAUAUCAAGAUGAAAUACUUAUAAAAGAAGAGCAAAAAGAACUUGAUAAAAUUUAGCAAAAACUUCUUUAAACAGACCCAAAUAAAUAUUUCGAAAAAAUUAUUGAAAUGAAUGAUUUUGCAGUCCAAAAAUUAAACGAAAACUAAUAAAAAGAUGCACUAAUAAUAUUACAAAGAUGUGAAAGAAUGCUUGAAUUAUCAGCAAAUGCAGGAUAGAUAAUAGACAGAAAUUUGAUUAUAGUAGUGUUAUAUAAUCGUGCAUGUACAUAAUAAAGUCUAUGGAUUUUGGAUAAAUGUUCUAAAUAUAUUGAUGGUGUAAUAUAUAAUUUAUUAAUUAGUUUAAAAGAAGAUGAUGAAUAAUUCGAUAAUCUAUAAUAAUAAAAUAAAAAAUCCUUAAAAGAAUAUAUUUCCUACUGA